CCAAAAUGUAAUGUCAAGUGCUAAAUCUUGUAUUAUUCUUUUUUGCAAGUGUUAAAAAUAAAAUAUCUUGUUGAGCUAGUUGUUAACUACUAAUAUAAUCAAAGUUUUUACAUAUUUUACUAUGUGUGACAAGAAAAAAGAAUGAUCGUAGUUGCAUAAGUCGCGAAAAAUCUGUAUCGAUUUGUGUAUUUCGGAGAUCUCGUUGUAUUCAUUUUUGAAUUGUGUGUAAAACAAUGGGCGUUUUAAUUUUCGUCUGUCUUUUCUUAAAAGCUAUAUCAUCUUGUCAAGCUUCUGGCACAGAUAUAGCUUUAGACGCAAAAGCCACAUUAUUACAUCGUAUCGACAGUUUAAAUUUAUUAAUUUACACCUGUCUUCUUACUCUUACGGUCCUAACUAUUUGGGUGUUUAAACAUCGACGUGUUAGCUGGCUUCAUGAAACUGGUUUGGCUGUAAUUUAUGGUCUAAUAGUUGGAGCCAUUAUUCGUUAUGCAGGCAGCACAAAUCAAAUCACACACAUUGAUGUGCACCCAGCACCUGAUACUAAUUAUAACUUGUCAGUGCCGCCUGAUGUGUUGCGUUUCUACUUUCCGGAUAAAAUAAAAAUAUCAGGUGGAGAUGCUCCAGUACCAAAUAAGACAUAUGCAUACAGUUUCCGAGGAGAAAUUGUGAAUAUCGAACAAAAUGAGAUAGAUCUGAAAGCAACAUUUGAUCCUGAAAUAUUUUUCAAUAUUAUUCUCCCUCCUAUUAUUUUCCAUGCUGGGUAUUGUCUCAAAAGGAAAUAUUUCUUUCGGAACUUGGGAGCAAUAUUAACAUUUGCAAUGGUUGGAACUGCUCUCUCAGCCUUGGUCAUUGGUGCUCUGAUGUAUGGCUGCGUUCAGCUAAUGCCAGCUUCAUUAGCUGCUAGCUUUACAUUCUUAGACACACUCUACUUUGGUGCAUUAAUCUCGCCAACCGAUCCCUUAACUGUAUUAGCUAUAUUUUCACAAUUAAAGGUAGAUGUUAAUCUAUAUGCUAUGAUAUUUGGUGAGAGUGUUCUUAAUGAUGCUGUGGCUUUAGUACUCAGCGGAGCUAUACAAAAUUAUGAGAAGAGAUACUCUAACGAUGGUGGCUUCGAGAUCACUGCAUUCCUUGGGGCCAUAGGAGACUUCAUUGGCAUAUUCAGUCUUUCAUUACUUGUUGGUGCUUUUAUAGGAUGCCUGACUGCAUUGAUGACCAAGUUCACACAUGUGCGAGAUUGGCCACUUCUGGAGUCGGCGCUUUUUGUGCUGACGUCAUACGCUGCGUUCCUCAUAGCUGAAGUGUGCGAAUUGACUGGUGUGGUGGCUGUGCUUUUCUGUGGCAUUUGUCAAGCGCAUUACACAUACAACAACCUGUCCUCGGAUUCACGCAACCGGACCAAACAACUAUUUGAACUGCUCAACUUCUUGGCUGAAAACUUCAUAUUCACAUACAUUGGUGUGUCUAUGUUCACGUUCCCGAAACAUCACUUCGAUCCGUGGUUCAUUAUCGCUGGUUUCAUCACCUCUGCUCUCGGGCGUGCUGUCAAUAUCUACCCCCUCUCAUUCCUCUUGAACCUGGGACGGAAACCGCCUAUACCAAUGAAUUUCCAGCAUAUGCUAUUUUUCUCUGGACUCCGAGGUGCGAUGUCAUUCGCUCUGGCGAUCAGAAACACCGUGUCUGAAGCGAGACAGGCGAUGCUCACCACCACGUCGCUGAUCGUCAUCGCCACCGUGGUGCUGCAGGGCGGCGCCGCCACGCAUGCGCUGGCCUACCUCCGCAUACCGACCGGACAAGGUCAAAAUGAUGAGAACGAAGCUCUUCCAUACCGCGACGUGAGAAGUCCUCCCGAAAUGGGUUUCGGCCUCCGAAAUUUGGACUCGACUCAACAAACCAGUUGUGACAGGGAGAGAGGAUCGGGUGAGGGCGUAAGCGGUGAGAAGGCAAGACUGGCCCGGCUAUGGGGCGCUGUGGACUCACGCCUACUCAAGCCACUGCUAACACACGCGCGUCCACCCCUAACGGAAACGUUGCCGGCGUUCAUGAGUCCGCUAGCUCGAAUCCUGACUACCACACACCAGUACACUCAAGGAGAUAGUAGUCUUCGAAGAGCUGACUCUGAUUCCGACCUAUGUAUUGACGAACCACAUCCAGUUCCAACUAGCAUCGACCCACAGCAAUUAUGGCCUGGACUCGUCGACACAAGGAUCUCUGUAGAAGGUAUCACCGGCAGUAAUAUUUAGACUUUUCGGAACAACUUUAUUUUGUAUCAACUGAGUGCCACACAUUAAGAGAGAUACCUCAACUAGUAAUUUCGUGAAGUAAACUGUCAUUUUAUCUACCCUAUAAAAACAACAUUCGGCAGAGUAUUUUGCUAUUGGGUGCAGAAUUACAUGCAUAAUAGCGGCCUGG